GGAGGCCUGACAUCACACCGACGACGGCUCGACAUCCCCCUUGCUAUCGUCAACCUGUGAUGGGCACGCACGACCUCGGCCGCACGGAUAUGUUAUCGUCGGCCGUCUAUGUACCCGCCACGCCACCUCUGAUGGAAUCAGCAUCACUUAUCAGAACCCGGGGUAUCGAUGCAUUCUGUACGCUUUGACGAAAUCUCUGAGUCACAGAAAGGGUAUGUGCGGCCUGGAUGAGGAUGUACAUUCCCGUCCGCCCAUACCGGCCUACUCACAACUGCUGUUCCCACACCGAUCGUUCCGACAUCUACAUCCAUACAAGUCCCAACUUGCCAAGAUGUUCUGGACCAUUUCCCGCAACAACAACACCAACGAUAGUGGCGGCAGCAGCCCUUUCCAGCCCCCUCAACAACGCCAUCGCCGCCUCACCCACGCACGCCUGCAGGCGCUCAAGCGCCACCAAGCCGGCCUGCCACCAAGACCACCACCAAGACCACCACCAAGACCACCGCGACCACCACCCCCACCAGCGCCCAUCACCACCACCAACCGCGCGGAGCGGGCCCUCGCCGCCGCGCUCCACCGCCGCGCCCGCGCCCGCCUCGCCAAAGCCGACCGGGAAGCCUGCGAGGCCGCCACGGCCCGCUACGCCCGCCGCCGCGUCGCCGCCUGGGUGCGCUUCGGCUACCCGACCCCGGACCUGCUGCUGCCCGCCGCCGUUCGCGAACCCCCCUGCCCUUGUCCCACGCCGAUGAACUCGGCGUGUGACGAGCAGCCCCGGGGGUAUGGCGAGAAGGGGGAGUGGGGUGUUGAUGUUGCGGGUGAGGAGUUGCAGGGGAGGUUGGUGGUGCUGUGCGAGGUGCGUUUGAGGCGGGAGGCGGAGGAGGAGCGCGGGUCGGAGGCCGGGUAUGCGGGGGACGUGGACAGCGACGCCGGCACCGACUAA